GGUCGAAGUACCGAGAGAAACGCUCUGGAUCCAGAGACUUUGAGAAGCAACGUGAAAGCCAUAGAUCGUCAGCUUCGCAAAGUCUUUGAAAAUGCUAAGAAGUAUAUGGAGAAGCGGGGUGCUCACGGCGUAGCGGAGUCGGAGAUUCAGCCGGUGAAAGUACUGAACAAUUUCGAUUGGUUCAAGGAUAUUGGUGUUCUCGAGUUUCUCAGCGACGUUGGAAGGCUGGCUAGGGUGUCGAUUAUGCUUUCAAGAGAAAGCGUGCGAAGUCGACUCGACAGUCCUGAAGGGAUAAGCUUCACGGAAUUUUCGUAUCAACUACUUCAAGCAUAUGACUUCUACUACCUGUUUUCAAGGGAAAGAUGCCGUGUGCAAAUUGGCGGCAGUGAUCAAUGGGGCAACAUCAUGGCUGGCAUGGAUAUCAUCAAGAGGAAGACCGGGAGGCCUGAAACGCAGGCCGCCGUAGACAGUGAUUUAGAACGAGAACCAGCCGCGUUUGGACUGACCAUUCCGCUGGUGACAACGGCAACCGGCGAGAAAUUUGGGAAGAGCGCGGGCAAUGCAGUCUGGUUGGACGAAAACUUGGUCUCCCAUUAUGACUUUUACCAGUUCUUUCGGCGAACGCCGGACUCUGAAGUGCAGAAGUAUCUUCGAUAUUUCACCUUCCUCCCAGAAGAGGAUAUAGAGAAGCUGAUGGUGCAACACACGGUCACACCGGAAAAGCACAUUCCUCAACGGACUUUGGCGCGAGAAGUGACAGAGCUAGUGCAUGGAGACGACGCAGCACAUAAAGCCCAAAUAAUGGCCGAAGUACUAUUCGAUGGAAACUUAGCCGAAACUCGAGGGGUUGAUAUACUCGCGGCGUUUUCUGGGGAUGAUCGACUAGCGGAGCUUCGCCGCACUGCUGUCAUUGGAACAGAUAUCGUACAAGUGGCUCUAGCUUGUGGGGCAGUCAAAUCCAAAUCUGCUGGCAGGAAAUUGCUUGCGUCCGGGGGACUGUAUUUGAAUAACAUGAAAGUCAACCCCAGUGGAAAAGUAAUUGAAGAAGAAGAUAUGCUGGAUGGAGUCGUAUUUUUGAUCCGGACUGGAAAGAGCAAUCAUAGAGUGGUGAAGUUGGUUUAAAUGGCCUGGAUAGAUGCAUAUAGUGAACUCUCACGAUUCUGUUUAUUGUAUUUCCGCAUUAAAUUAAUUAUAGGGAACGUAAUGGGUUGCACUUCUGCGCUUCACGUAGGGAUAAGACUUAUGGUAUUGAAUCAAAGUCUUCUG